UGGUCCUGAAGCCUUCGGACACGAUCGAUGCACGUCUCAGAAAGCAUAGCCUUCACUCUAACACAUAGUUAGAGUUCAGGAUACCUUUAGAACUGCCAAAUGUCCAACGUCCGAUUGUUCGAAGAAAGCAAACAACAUGAAGCUUCUGCAAAACAAAAAUGAGGGUCCCGUUGCUCGUCGCCUUCUCGCUGCUGUUGCACAAUGUGGCGGGGAUGCCAUCAAUAUCGGCACCUCCUCCACCGCCAGACAGUGUUAAAGUGCGUGGAGGGACUGCCGUCGAUCAAAGCUUGAUGAAGCGAUUCACUCCUGGCGGAGCCGAUAGUCGAAUGCCAUCAUUAUUCAGCACCGAUGAAGCAGAGUACAAUCGAUUCGCUGCUUGUCUGGCUGCUACAGAAGGUCUCCGGAGGAUGAGAGACCAGGCAUUAGUAGAACGAUCACCGUCGGAAAAAUCAGAAGAUCCACAAGAACGGGAACGAAAGGUUGCCGAUCAGUAUCAAGCCAACUCGGGAAGAGUGCUACGUGCCAUGGGAAUGUCAGUCGACAGAUUCAAUGAACUGGGACGGGAAAUAUCCAGGGACGAAAACCUGAAAGAAAAGGUCAUGGAACAGGCAUAUCUGUAUCGAAUGGCCGCGAUGGUCAAUCUUGAUCAGGUGGAACUCUCUACGCAGUCCAACAGCAACUUUCAAAAGGACAAAGUUCGGCUCUUUUGCGAAUCCAUCAAGGAUAUCGAAAAACUGAGAGGAGAUCAAGUGGAUCGGUUGAAAAAGUCUCUACAGGUAGAAACCUUUCCGUCAAGCAUUAGUAUCAGCGACCCAACUCUAUUGCCAUUUCUGAGCCCCAAAGUGCGUGCUGUGGUCAAGGCAUUUCCAUUGCAAGCAGAAGAUGUGGUCAAGAAAAAUGGACUAGACUCCACUGAAUUCAAUAGCAUGCUCCAAGAGGUGCGGUCAAACCCAAUUUUCCGGUGGAAGGUGCAAAAACUGUUAAAGCAAGAAUCUUCGGACAAUAAGGGAGACUUGGACUCGCUAGAAUCCAUGCAAAAGUAGUGAAGAAACGACUUUCUGCUCGUUAGACUUGACGUAACAAGCAAUCUGUGAAUGUGAUUGAUGUGUUGUGAAAGUGUUCCGGUUCGUGUCCCCAAAAGGUGCAGCUGAAGGACCUUCGGUUCAGUUUCGGUUGCCAGUUAAGCUACAUGUACUGGUAGUGCCGGUGCCGGUAUGUAAAUAAUAGCUCCUUGCUUCAUUGCUAGCUAGUAGGAACAUGUCGGUCCAUCACCAACCCCACUAAAUGCAUUCAUCUGUUUGCUUCAUUGUUACUUAAGCUCGCUAGCUAGUAGGACAUAAAGAUCCAUCACCGAUCCGACUGCAUCCAUUGGGCUGAUUGACGUACAUUAGACUACGACACCGCGAGUCCAUUAGCUUGUAGUGGUUCGUUGGUGACUACACAACGAUGCCAAACAUAGCUGAUGACUAGCUAGCUACAAGAACAAAUGCAGCAAACACAUAAAGUAGAAAGCCAAUUGCCAGCGUUGC